AUGCAAAAAUCAACUGAGGUCGCCGCUCGAGCGGUAGGCCAGUGCAAAGCGAGGGAUGGAGGUUCUGCUAAAAAGGUGCCAUUUGCGCUCGAGCAAGAAGUCAGUGUCAGACUAGUGACAACAAGAAAUACGUUUAUUCUUGAAGAAGAAGACCAAACCUCAAAUGUUCAGAAAACCAAUCUGACCAGUAACCUGCCUUACCAAACUGAGCUGGAAAACACAAUCCAAAUUCCAAACAAUCCCAACGGUGACCAACCAAACACUAACACCAAAGAAAAGAAAAUCGAACCUGUUGAAAUAAAAAAUCAGAACCCCCGGUCACCUGAAGCAGUUGAAGAAGGAGAAGGAGAUGAAGAAGAAGAGCCAAAAACCCAAACCCCACAACCCAAAUCACUACCAAGAAACGAAGAGGAAAAUGGGUCGAAUUCUGAACCCGAUUCAGACUCCUCUCCUUCUCAAUUCAAACUGCAACAUAUCUCUAAGCAGCCAGCCACCUCUGCCAAACGUGCCCUACAAGGGGAUUGCAAUAAUGAAGAUUCUUCAAGAAGCGAGAAGAAGUUGAAAACUGUUGAGAAAAAGUCUGCUCCUACUUCUGUUUCUGCCACUUCUAGAGGUGUAGGAUUUAUUACGAGGCUGUGGACUGAGGAGGAUGAGAUUGCUCUUCUUAAAGGUAUGAUUAACUUCAAGAGCCAAAAGGGAGUGGACCCAUAUGCAGACAUGGGUGUUUUUUUUUAUUAUAUAAAGCAAAAAUUACAGGUGAUUUUCUUUAGGGCUCAAAUGAGUAGUAAGAUUAGUAGGAUGAAAAAGAGAUUCUUGAAUGCUCUGGAGAAAGGUGAGAAUGGUGAGGACCCUAUUUUUUCCAAGCCUCAUGAUUGUAAGGCCUUCGAUCUUUCUAAGAAACUCUGGGGUGCAGCGGUUGAAAAGAGUAAAGGCAGUAAUAUGAAUACAAAUAGGGUUGUUGAGAAUGUGAAGAAAGAUAAGGGAAAAUUAGAAAUAAGUAGCGAAGAUGAUAAGCAGCAGAACAGAACAUUCUCCUUAUUCUCAUCACCAAUAUCACCCUCAACUCUAUCACCAAGAACCACAGCAGCACUUACCAUAACAGUGAGCUCAGAAGUUUAA